AUGGCUGUGAACGUUGCAUUGAUAGGGAGCGGCAUCUUCGCUCGCGAGCAGCACCUCCCCGCAAUCACGGCCUCUUCAAACAUCACCCUCAAAGCAAUUUACUCGCGCACACUUGCCUCGGCGCAGAACGUCGCAUCGGGCGCCGAGACGCCCGUGGAUCUCUACUCUGAAGAUGGUGACCCCAGCAGAAACUACGUGAACCUGCUCUCCCGCGCGGACAUUCACGCAGUUAUUAUCGCCCUCCCGAUUACCCACCAACCGGAAUAUAUCCGCUUGGCUCUUCUCAACGGAAAGCACGUCCUGUCCGAGAAGCCGGUCGCCAAAGACGUCGCAUCAGCAAGAGAACUGAUCAAAUGGUAUCAUUCCGCCAUGGACACGUUCAAGGUGACGUGGAGCGUCGCGGAGAAUUACCGCUACAUUGAAAGUUUUCUGUACGCUGCACAGGCAGUCAAGGAACUGGGUCGGGUGCUAGGGUUCCGCGUCAAGGUCCACAACUUUGUCAAGCCGGGGACCAAAUAUUUCGGUAUUCCCUCUCUUCUCUUCCUUCUCUUGAUGUAUUCCUUUACUAAGUACUUUUGCGACCCGCCAUAUGCUAACAAUUACAUGAUUGAAGAAACCGCGUGGCGCAAGACUCCCGAAUACCAAGGCGGUUUCCUUCUCGACGGCGGUGUACAUUUCGUGGCAGGCACACGAUUGUUGCUCUCCGAGGAAAAUGCGAUUAUGCGUGUAUCCGCAUUUUCGGCACAGCUUCAGCCUCACCUGCCUCCAGUAGACACGUUGGAUGCGGUGCUGCGCACAAAGACUGGCGUCACAGGAACAUGGUCUGUCUCGUUUGGCACCAGCUUGACGGGGAACCAGUAUACUGUCGCCUGCGAUAAUGGCACUGUGACUGCCGGGCGCGGGUACGUGGUCGUCACGCGGGAUGGGAAGGAAGAGCGCAAGGAGUUCCCCAAUGAGGGCUCAGGGGUCAAGCAGGAGGUCCAUGCGUGGGCGACGGGUAUCCUCGAGGGCAAGCAGGACCCGCGACAGACACCGCACGAGGCAUUGCGCGAUUUGGAGAUUCUUGAGAAGAUGCUCCGCAGCGGAGAGUCGGCCGGUACUCCCCAGGAUAUCAUACUGUAA